CGACCAAAUCGUUUUCCAGAGACUCAGUGACAUCACUGAGCAGGUUCAGUCGGCCAAUCAGCAGCGACCUGCUGAGGUCUGCUCCUGAUAAACCUGCCUCCAUCACCUCUGCUCCCACACUCACACCUGCCUCUCUACCUGGAACCGUCCACACACAGGUUUGAAGUCUUACCAUCCCCCACCCUCCACCUCAUCAUGUCGGACUCCAGCAGAACUGCAGAAGAAGCGAGGGUCGCCUUCCAGUCCUGCAAAAGUUCUGAUCCCAGAGAUCGAGUUCAGUUCUACGACAGCUGGGCACAAAACUACGAAAAGGAUCACAACCUGAUGAGCUACAGGUCUCCACAUCUGGCAGUAAACUUCCUGUCUGAGAACUUUAGUGGGAGUCGUGAGGAGGCUCAGGUUCUGGACGUGGCCUGUGGGACUGGAUGGGUCGCUAAACUGAUGGCUGAACUGGGCUUCAGACACUUUGUGGGAGUGGACGGCAGUAAAGGCAUGCUGGAACUAGCUGCUGAGACCGGCCUCUAUCAGGACCUCAGACUGGCCUUACUGGGAACACAACCACUGCCUGCACAGACUGGUGUGUUUGAUGUGGUGGUCAUUGCCGGUGCUCUGGAUGCUGGUUUUGUUCCGGUCAGUGUUGUCAGGGAGAUGUGCCACGCCGCCAAACCAGGAGGUUUUGUGUGCAUGGUGAGAGGCGACCACACCGGAGCACCAGCAGACAAGUACAAGAAGGAUCUGGAGAGAGAGCUGCAGCUGAUGGAGGAGGAGGGACUGUGGAGUCUGGUAGGAAUCAAACGGGUGGACAGAUACAUGGAGGACCCACAUGUGAAUCCUGAGAGAGACGAUGUGCAGGACAAGCCUUACAUCAGUGGGACUGUUUAUCUGUACCAGAAGUCCAUCGAUACAGCUGUUAAAUCACAUGAUUAAUCACACUGAUGUUACAGCAGUGAUGGGAACUGAGAGUCCAACAGGUCAGUUACGUCACCACAGGAGAUACAUACUGUAAAAUCUUUAUCGGUUCAGUAAACUGUCAAUCAGAGCUGCAGUGAUCACUAGGUUAAUUGG